CUACAAUACACUCUUUCUGUCUAGCUUCGCACAUCUGACAUUGGGGAUGUCUGAGGCCGCAAGGCUGUUGGCCUUGUUGAGGCCGCUUAAAAGGUGGUCAGACCGGUCAAGCCGCGACCUACAAUCAACUUCAACAACUUUAGCGGUACUUGCUCCACCAACUUCCAAACAUACGAAUUCUUUCCCGAUCGUAAUCAGCCCUCCUCCUUGUCAUUCUCCCGUCAGCGGCAGGGAAAUCUCCUUCCAAGAUGGCCGACUUCGCUUUUAUGGGUCCCAUUAUUGAGUACACAGUACGAUCCCUACCCGUCUCCGGUGUAGGCGACGAUCCUCUGGGAAUUGCCCAAGUCAGCGGAUUCUACGGACCCGGGACCUGGUCGGCAUGGUAUUCCACCAUCAUCGCAGCUUGGAUACAGUUGCUGGUGCAGCCGAAAAGGACAUUGGAUCCGAAUUCCUGGUUCUAUAUUUUAGGCAUGAAUUGGGCAGCAAUAGACCUUUUUCGUCAAGUUCACUCUCUUCGCACCGCACAAGAACAAGGCCACUCCCUCGAUCUUAGAAAAAAGUUCAUGGGCCCGAUUGCAGCGCCAUACAUGAUUGUUUUUUGGGGAUCGGUCCAUGCUGUUCUUCAAAAUGUGGUCGCCUUUUUCGCUACGGUGCUAAUUAUCACCACGGAUAAGAAAACCAAGGACGAAAUCGACAUCGAGGACCUGCGGGCUUGGUUUCGGGUUCUCUUCUCGCGCCGACUGGUUCUGUCCAUGGGACUAAUACUACCUUUGACGGCACUAUCUGUCUUGUUUUUCAACCCACCACUGCAGGAGGACUUUCCAAAGGAAGAGGAACACUACAUGUUCUUUCCCGCUCUUUACUGGGAAGGAAUCAGAGGCGAACAUGUCACCAGCGUUUUCUUCGCGGGCUGGGGAGGUCUAGCCUUGCUUCCCAUCUUCUUGGUAUACACCAUUUUGAUUCUUCUUCCCAUCACAGAAGGGUGUUUUCGGCUCGUCAUUGCAUUCUUACACCCUCCCAUUGCACGCAUGCAGUCCCUUGUUGCAUCCAUUAGCUCUUUGCUUGGCCGCUCACUGCUACUCUCGAUUAUGGUACUGUGGUUGCAUACGUUUUUGUUGCUUUUCAAACGUCCUUUAUUUGUUCUAGCGUUUGGUUUGUUUGGCUUACUAUUUUUAUGUCAAUUCAUUGUAGGAAUUUUCAUGCUUCUGGGCAUUAUUGGCUUCUUUUUCAUCCCUUCAGCGGUUUUGCAUUAUUUUUUUUAUAUUCUUAGGGGGACAAAGGUAUCUGAGUCCUGUUUCUUAAUGCCAUGCGCACCACAGUCGAUAUAUGACUGGGACCAGGCAUUCUCCUUGACAGCAGGACUCAUCCUACUAGUCUUUACAGAAAUUGUACCAGGUGUUAGAAAGGGCGUGCGGCUCUUUAAAAGGCUACGAGAGAGAAAAGAAAGUAUCUUGGAGUUCCCCCUGGGCGAUUUGAAUGCAGCUAAGCCUGAAGAGGUGGAGAUGGCAAAUCUAGAGGCUGGUCUUGGUAGUGGUAGCAAUCAAGAAUAAGAUAGGACCUAAGUGGCGAACGUGGUAAUUCUCUGGCGGUUACAUACCAACGAGGUCUGAUUCUGGUAUUGGUUUGAGCGAGCCCUCGGAGCCAGCAAGAGCACCAGUAGCGCGGAUGGUAUGAAGUUGCUAUAGGGCAUAAGAGAUCCUUCUUGCUGCGUUCGAGUGGUGUUGAUUCUUAUUGGACUCAGCUGAUUGCUGAGUAGCUGGGUGGUGUGUCGGUGGUCUUGGGCUAAGUUAUUGACUUAUUGUUAGCGAUGAACUUCAAUCAAAGAAUUUUGC